UCAUCAAGGGAGCAUUGGGUGGUUUGGCGGGUUUAGUUCAAACGUGUUUUCCUUAUGUACCAGAUCUGCUCUUGUUUGUAAUCCGAAACCCGCUUGUAAAGAUAACAGCUUAAAAUUCUUCAACAUGUCAAUACAACCUCUUUGGUUGAUGAUACAAGUCUUGACGCUCUUCCAUGUGUUCGCUGAGACUCAUCAAUGCAUUGCCUACGAUUCGACGGGAUUGAUAAGUGUAGAAAGCAAAACGGAUAAGCCCAAAGAUUGUCUCGAUUUAAGUCUGCGCACCCCAAAGUGUGUUUACUUUACAUGGAUUUCAACAAAGUGUACACUUCGGGUUGGCACAAGACUAACUGAUGCAUCCACAACUGGUGUGACCUUAUCAUCGACCAUUUGUGAUGAAUACACAAAUUGCUCGUCCUACACGGAUAUCGUUUUCAGUGAUCCGAUUGCUAUCACAAAUCAGGAGUGUGCUCAGCGUUCGGUAGCACAACCAGAUGCAAUGGGUUAUGACUAUCGAAAUGGUAUCUGUCUGCUGGAAUUCGUCAAUGGAGAGAGAGUCGUCGCAACAGAUUCCCCUGGAAUGCUACAAGGAUAUGUUCUCUGCUCACCAACUGCCCCGACAACCACACAAGCACCAACCACGGUGACAACCACACAACCACCUACUACUGAGGCAACCACACAACCACCAACCACGGUGGAAGCCGCUGCAACUACCAGAAGACCAAGGAAACAAUGCAAGAAAGGCAAAAGGAAACUACGCAGAGCAGUUACCUCACGAAAUGGACAUUAGAGAUUACACCGUUUUGGAAUAAAUACGGCAAACAAGGGUGUUCUGUAGUUAUAGAAAAAAGUUUUAACUUCUCCUUAACUCUACUUCAUCAUAUUUCUCAUAUUACUUUUAAUAUAGCUUACAACUUUAUAAUUUCUGUAUUUCAAGUU